GUCCAGCAGUAGCUGCGCUCACGGAGAGGAACGCGGAUGGCUCCGUCGCCAGCGUGGUCCCAGCGUCGUCGUGGUCGCCGGUGCGCGGGGAGACCGUGAGCAGCAUGCCGGUGUGCGGCCACCGGGGCCUGCUAGUGCUGUGCACCUCGAUCGCGUGCUGCUGCUGCCUGCUGCUGCCGCCGCCAGCACAGGUCCCCCACUCAAGCGGCGCUCCUUCCUCCAAGCACCGGCUGCCGGCCUCGUGCAACUCCACUGGCAGUGGCGUGCGCUCCUUCCUGUGGUCGACGCGGAGCGAGCCGCCGUCGUACUUCUUCGGCACCAUCCACGUGCCGUACACCCGCGUCUGGGACCACGUGCCGGAGAACGCGAAGCGGGCGUUCGGCAACGCCGACCGUGUCGUCUUCGAGCUCGACCUGCUAGACCCUGGCACGCUGGGGGCGCUCGCUAACUGCCAGCUGCUGCCCGAGGGCCGCUCCCUGGCCGAUGUCCUGCCGGCCGACCUGCUCACCAGACUGCGAAGGCACCUGGAGUACGUGCGCGCCAAGAUGUCGUCGUGGAUGACGUCCGACCAGCGCGGGCGCGGCCUGUACGCCGACUACCUGUUCCACGCCAUCACGGGCGACUGGGAGCGCAAGCGGCCCAUCUGGGUGCUGCUCAUGGUCGACUCGCUGACCGAGGGCGACGUGCGCGCCCGCGGCGUGCCCGUGCUCGACCUGUUCCUCGCGCAGGAGGCACAGCGCCUGGCCAAGCGCACCGGCGCCGUCGAGCAGGUGCACGAGCAGUGUCUACCCCUCAACGGACUCAACGGCAGCCAGGUUCUGUUCGCGCUGGACCAGACGCUGCGGCAACACGAGCGCAUCCGGCGUGGCGCGCAACGCUCAGGCUACGGUGCCGACGACCUCAUUCGACACUACAACUGCGGAGACCUGGACGCCGUCGUCUUCUCCAGGGACACGGCGCAGGUGCCUCCGCUGGCGAACACGUCCCUGCGGCUGUCGGCGCGCGAGCUUCGGCUGGCCAGGGACAUCGACCGCUACUUCCGGCACGAGCUCAUCUACAAGCGCAACCACCGCAUGGGCGACCGCGUCCUGCGGCUGCUCAGGGGCAAUCCGGGACAGAGCUUCUUCUUCGCCUUCGGCGCAGGUCACUUCCUUGGCAACAACACGGUGCUGGACUUCGUGCGCCAGGGUGGGUUCGACAUCGAACACAUCGUGGCCACCAGGAGCAUACCGGAGGUGAAGAAAGACGGCGAGCAGGAGAGCUCGUGGCCGGACCCUGCGGAGGUGCUUGGCGACCAGCAGCAGUCUGCGCCCGACCAAGCACCGGGCUGGCGACGCAGGAAGGCCAAGAAAAGGCCCUUUCUUUCGUCGCCUCCCACCACCACCAGGCCGCGGAAGUUCAACGACCUCUGGGUGCGCCUGGACUCCACCUGGCGUCCCCGGUCGCUGCCUGCCGAGGCCCUGGGUGCGCGCGCCUCGGCACCAGGCCGUGUCGCUCAAGCUGUGGCGCGGACACCGGGGAGCGGCUGCCGCCAGCACGAGCCAGACGACGAUCCUGGUCGCCCUCGCUUCCUGUUUCGCCGCGAACAUAGGCAGGGGCUGCUUCCCGCCCUGAGCCGGCAGCUGAAGCCUGCGGUUCCGCGCCGGCCAUUAAAGGGGUCAGCAACGGCAAGCAGUCUGCCAAGCUACGCUUCUGUGCGUAGGGUGCCGAUGAAGUGACAGUGUGUACUCACCAACAAUGGGAAACAGUUUUCUGUCUCCAAUUUGCUGUCAGCAUGGGCGUGUACUCAGUUUGUGGUGGUGCGCUCAAUGAUCAGGCGGACAAGAUCCCUCCCGUGUGUCUGCUAUGCCGUGUGCGGUCAUGACUGCAGACCAAAGUGACGGUGUGCUGACUGACAUGCAGCAAAGCUUCCACGCACAAUCAAGAGUUCAGCCAUCUUCGUCUGUUAAAACUUGAUUUGGCUGCGCUGAGCGUUCUCCAAAGUGCCGGGAUCACCUUCUUGUGACCCGGGAGGCGGGAAGAGAUACCGAUCAUGGAGCGAGCCGCGCAGCUAAAUAUUUUUGGACGACACCGAAGACGAUUUACAAUGCGCUGUUCUUAAGUGCGCGAAUGCUAACUGGGUGGCGUUACUAUACCACGAGGUCAAUCGCUAUGAACUGGCGUCUGCGAUCACCGGCUGGCCGCACGUCAUUCUAAGCGCUCGGAAGAGGCACCGGGAAGCUGCCGCUAGGGUGAUUACUCUAACACUGCCGCACAAAACUACGGGUUUAUCGAGAGAUGAGAGGACAACGUGUACUUACCUCGCAGGGAGAGCAGCGGCAUCCAUAUAGGUAUACGUGAAUACAGUUUCACCUAGGUCCGCGCACGGCAGUACGUUCGCGGUCGAACCGUCGUCACACUUUCCGACAGAAAAACUACCGUUCGCAAAAGAAUCUAGCCGAUAACGCCUGCUCCUUUCACUGUGAUUUGGCGUCACGCGCAGGAAACGGAAGAACCAUACGAGCAGGAAGCUCUUUCGAUAACCCUUGCCCCUUUUAAGUUCGAAUCAGUGGUUCGAAUGUAGUCGCACAUCUGCAUGUGAAAGAUGCUUCGUCUUCCAAUCGAGAAACUUUUGUGACGAGCAUAAAAGAAUUCAAACAAUGCAAAAAGAAAGAAAAAAAAAGAAACAGGAAAUCAAAAGCUGGGCUCUUUUUCAGCUGCCUCUAGUCUGCAAGUAUUCACAGCAAUACCGAGCUACAUGCAGGAUGCCGAGACUUCAUGCAGAAGGCUACCUGCAAUAUGCGCAAAUCUUUCUCAUGACAGUUUUUCUUUCCUUCAAGUCGACCACACAAGAGUGUUUCAUUAUCAUUAAAUCUCAAAUGUGUGUACCAUUCCAUUACAAAGCUCAGUGUGUGUCCUCCUGACCUCUGGCCGCUGGCGACGACCGACCGUGUCGUCAGUCCGUACGUGCAACAAAGUUGAAAAAUGAUUUCAGUCCUACCGUGCCAUGAUUUACAACAAGAAAAGGUAGAGUACAGUUGCUUGACUAACGCGGUUACCGACACGGAAAGAGGUACCGUGAACGGCUAGGGCCUACGACACAACUAGAACCACCAGAAAAACGAAACCACCUUUAUGUUUACGACAAUGCAACAGAGCACAAA